AUGAGGCAGCCGCCCAGUGCCGAUGUCUCUAGGCAAGGUUGGGCGCCCGGGUUUUCUCUAACGGGGCAGUCAGAUGCGCCACCUGUGGUCUCGUGUGGUGUGUGUCAGUGGCACGCACCACAUGAGGCGAAGAGCUACAUAUGGGGAAGAGGUGUCGUCCCGCAGACGCCCUGCGAUGGAGGGCAUGGUCGGGGCAAGCGGGGC